AGAGGCAAACUAUCACAGCCUCCCUUUCCAAUUAAAUAAUUACUAAUUCAUCAAUAAUUAAUUCAAUACAUGUUUAUGGAGCACCUGCUCUGUGCUGGGCACUGCUGUCGGCCUUUCUCCCCUCCCCUCAGAGCGUGCUCCAGCUUUCAGCCAUGUAGUUCUCCCAGCCCAAGAGCCUGGAUCACGUCUGUGGAGAAGAAACCCCAGCCUGUCCGUGGCAGCCAAGUCACCUACAUAGCAGAAGCAGGAAAAUAUGAGCUUGCUCUUUAGACAAACCUCCGGCAAUGCCUUACUUCAUCCUACUGCUUCCUAGCCAUGCAAAGUCACCCAUCAGCUGGCCAGGAUGCUGUCCGGAUUUUAAAAUCACCUUGCCACUGGAUUAUAUCAACUACGUUGUAAGUACAUUAUCAGUGCCCAUUGUCGUCAAUUUAACAUUGUCAGUGUUUCUCACAAAUUAAAUAGUAUUUGCAAAUCUUGAAGGAUUUUCACUUGGAAAAACUAAACAACAAACUUGCAUUUCUGUGUAAUUAGAAGUAAUAAAAUAAAAUUUCCUUACUUAGAUCCACUAACUGAGCCUUACCUUCCCCUAGUUAAUCUGAUUUAAUGAAGUUUUGCUAUAUUAUAGGAUUAAACACAUGAAGGCUUUUAUUGGAUUGACUAUCAUCUGAAAUGUCUUUUUCUCUUCUCAGUGCUAAGCCUAAGUGCUUAGUAUCAUGAAGAUAAGAAUCAUGAAACUCAGAUUUGCUGUAGCUGCAUCAAAUUGUUAAUAUUAUUAAGCAAGCUAUAUGGAAUAAGAUGUUCAUCACAGCAUUAUGUAAAAAUGGCAAAAAUUAUAAGCAACAUAAAUGCCCAAUGUUAGGGAAAUAUAAGUUCACAAUGAAACAUUUUCACCAUGAAAUCGGAAACAUAGUCAUUGACACAGUAAUUAUGUGGAUUAUACGGGCAACAUGGGAAGCUGGUCAUGAUAUAAAUUUAAGUUGAAGAAAAUCAAACUGCAAGAUCACCAGAACACGAUGAGGAGAACUAUUGUCUUUUGCAUGUAAAAAGUAAAAGAGAAACCACAAAACCGUAACAGUUGGGUCAUAAUGGUGAGGUUAUGAAUAGUUUUCUCCCUAUAUUUUCCAAGCUUUCUAUAGCAUGUCAUAUAUAAUGUGUUAUAUGACUUAUUUAGUAUUUUACCCAAAACAUAUUCAUUCAACCAAUACUUAUGAGAACUGUGCUGGAUGCUUCACUUCUUCUAAAGCAGGUAUUUUUUCUGUAGAUAAUUCUCUGGUGGUCUUAUUUAGCAAAUCAGAAUACUCCAACCCCAAAGGCUAAUGUAAUUAUGUAAUCACAUUAUAUAAUUUCUGCAUUAUGUAAUUUUUAUGCCUAAUUAAAAUAAGAGUUGUGACAUACAGGGAUUGAGAAGGACUUGGAGCACUUUAGGGGGAGACCUGUCGGGGGACCAUCUGCCCAGCAUGAAUGAGCCAGUCCCAUGAAACCUGGGGUUUUGGCUGCAGCUCUCUGCUCUCUGCUGUGGUGCCCUUGAGGUGGGAGUUGAGACUCAACAUGUAGGGCAGGGCUUAGACACUGGACCAAGUGGAGGACUAGCUAAAACUGGAAUGGGGUUGAAGCAGCUUUCCAUAAGACAUAACCACCAGUGUGCCAUGUCAGUUUACCAUUGCCACGGCAAUACCCGGGAGUUACUGCCUUUUUCCAUGGCAAUGACCUGACAACCCCAAAGUUACUGCCUUUUACCUGGAAAUUUCUGCAUAAACCACCUCUUAGUCCACAUGUAAUUAAAAGUAGGUAUAAAUAUGACUGAGCAGUGACGUGACAUGCAGCCUGCGGUCUGUACGGACGUGCCCUCGCUUCUUCCUCUUUCUCGACUCCAUCUUCGCAGUAGUGGCAGCUGGGACCACGGUUCAGUCACCAAUAUGCAGCUCUUUGUCCACGCCCAGGAGCUACACACCCUUGAGGUGACUGGCCAGGAAACGGUCGCCCAGAUCAAGGCUCAUGUAGCCUCACUGGAGGGCAUUGCCCCGGAAGAUCAAGUCGUGCUCCUGGCAGGUGCACCCCUGGAGGAUGGGGCCACUCUGGGCCAGUGCAGGGUGGAGGCCUUGACUGCCCUGGAAGUAGCAGGCCGCAUGCUUGGAGGUAAAGUCCAUGGUUCCCUGGCCCGUGCUGGAAAAUUGAGAGGUCAGACUCCUAAGGUGGCCAAACAGGAGAAGAAGAAGAAGAAGAGGAAGAAGAAGAAGACAGGUCAGGCUAAGCGGCGGAUGCAGUACAACCGGCGCUUUGUCAACGUUGUGCCCACCUUUGGCAAGAAGGGACCCAAUGCCAACUCUUAAGUCCUUUGUAAUUCUAGCUUUUUCUAAUAAAAAAAAAGCCACUUAGUUCAGUCAAAAAAUAAUAAUAAAUAAAUAAGACUGCAGAACUGCCUUGAACUGCUACCCUCUGCCUCUGCAGGAACAGUCACGAAGCUGUCACACUGCUGCUUCAGUUAAGCUGUUUCCUCUGGCUUGCCCUUGAAUUCUUUCCUGGGCAAAGCCAAGAACCUCACAGGCUAAGCCCCACUUUGGGGCUCACCUACUCUGCAUCCCCCUCACACCAGGCUGGCAGUCAGUUCAUGGCCUGGGUUUGGAAUCCAGGUGAUUGUAGGCAGCAGGUCCUAGGACCUGACCCCCAGUGCUCCUCCCCUGGCCUCGUGACCAUGUUAUCUCUGACUUUCUCAGAAUGCAGGCAGACCACACUAGGAUUCAUUCCAUCUCCCACAGUCUAGGAAAACAUUUGAAAGACAAAGAUUAAUGACUAGGGUUAGGGAUCCGGAAAGGAAGGCGAAAAACAAGAGGAAAGAAUUUGUUGGUGGGUGUCAGAUGAUACCUGGAGCCUGCAGGAACUGCAUCCUCUACAACGAGCUGAGCAAACACUUCCUGAAGAGCUAAUUUCACCAUGAGGCCGGCUUUGAUCCAAUUAAUCUGGAGAAGUUGUGAAGAUCACAGGUUCAUCAUUUCCUCCCCAGGUUCAGA